UCUGUGCUUGUUCCUCCGGCUCGAGCACGGAGACUGGGCGGGUGCAGAUGCAGAUGCCGAGGAUUCGCGGGAUCGGAGCGGGGCUCCUGGCCCGGGGAAGCCGCGGAGGGCUGCAGUCGCUGCGAGGUGUUGCUGCCUCCAACCCGGCCAAGUCCUACGAUGUGCGGAGAGUCGAAAUCACCCCGCUGGAGCAGAGAAAGCUCACCUUCGACACCCACAGUCUGGUGCGAGAUCUUGAAGCUCGUGGUUUCGGGAAGGAACAGGCUGAAAGCCUCGUGUCCGCGCUGUCCUCUUUGUCGACUUUCAGCCUGGAGACCAUCUACAAGGACAUGGUGACCCAAACUCAGCAGGAAAUAACUUUGCAGCAGAUCAUGGCUCAUCUGGACUCCAUUCGGAAAGAUAUGGUCAUUCUUGAGAAGAGCGAAUUUGCCAACCUGCGAGCGGAGAACGAGAAAAUGAAAAUCGAACUGGAGCAAGUCAAGCAGCAGCUGAUGAAUGAAACUAGCCAGAUCCGAGCGGAAAACAAGCUGGACAUCAACUUGGAGAGAAGCCGCGUGACAGACAUGUUCACAGACCAGGAGAAGAAACUCAUGGAAGCCACGACAGAGUUUCAUCAAAAAGACUCUGGCACUAACAGUGCGGUUACAGAAGUCAGCAAUAAAAUCGAUACUGAAAUCGCUGCUCUGAAAACACUUAUGGAAUCGAAUAAGCUGGACACCAUCCGUUAUUUAGCAGCCUCGGUGUUCACGUGCCUUGCCAUCGCCCUGGGGUUCUAUCGAUUCUGGAAAUAAGAGCCAGCCUUUGGGAACGAGGAGGACACGAGGAGCCCUUCUGGAUUCGACCUGCCGCAUGUCUCAGGGAACGCCCUCCGGCAGCUGCCUCUGAGUCUCCGUGCUGGCAUUGAUUGAUCUCCACCACAGAGCCGCUGGAGGAGGUGGCCUGCGGCUCCCGUGCUCUGAGGCUCGGGCAGAGCUCCCGUGCGCCAGAGGCUGAACGUUCCACAGAUUGGACAAAGCAGCAAGGACACACUUCCACUCGAGAGCCAACAUCCUGGGGCCGUUCUCAGAACUGGACAAAUGCAUCGGGGUUUGUCCGAAUCUUUUUCCUCCAAAGCAUCUCCACUCCUGCACUGCUCAGCUGGGGGCAUCCGCCACAGCUACCCUGCGGUGCCUCUGCCCGCCAAGUGGCUUGUGGUUUGCCAGCAGUGUCGAUGGCUGGAGGAGAAAGCGCUCUGAUAACCCACAGACGAGCGAGCCUUUGGCCCUCCAAAUACGGCUGGGGUCCAUCUGCCAUCUGCUCCUGCCAGCAUGAUGGGAACUGUAGUCCUGCCUGAUCUGGAUGGCCACAGACUCCCCACCCCUGCAAAAAACAAAAACAAAAAAAAAUCCGAUUUGUGUGCGCGGUAAUUUGCCAAAGAGGCCCACACUAUAAUGAAUAGUGGAUUGUUCCAUCUCUUUCCCAUCAGAUGGCAAAAACCGAAUAUGCCACUCAAGGCGUCAUCCUAACUGAAUGUAUUGCAAAUGUUUUCAUGCGGAGUCUUGACAUACCUUUUUUACUGAACCACCCGCACUGACCGACAGGAGUUCUGCAGCAUCUCAGGCCGGGUCUUUCCCAGCCCUGCUUCCUGCCGUUGGAAGAUUCUGGGAUCUGAUUCCAAGCUGCUGCUGCAGGCAGAGGACUCGCUCUUCUCCAGAGCUAUGCGCUUCUCUGUUUUUUUAUGUAAAACCGCUGCCUUAUGUUUUUAUGUCUGAGCUUCAGAAGCUGGUGCAGCUAUGGAGGCUUUUCUUCAGAUUCGUAUUUCACCUGUUUACAUCUUGCUUUCCAUUUAUCAGAUCACUGGAUGUUGCAUUGAAUGCACUAAAAAAGCAUUAAAAUGACAGGAUUGAAACAACAAA